AUGGAGGCCAUAAAGAAGAAGAAUAAAAGGGUGGUUGUAAUUGGAGCUGGAGUUGGAGGUGUCGCAACAGCCGCUCGACUCGCCAAAGCUGGAUUACAAGUCUCACUCUAUGAGAAAAACGACUAUUACGGUGGGAAAUGCAGCAAUAUUGUUCACAAUGGCUUCCGCUUUGAUCGUGGACCGUCAAUUAUGCUGAUGCCCGAAAUAUUCGAGGAAACCUUUCAGCAUCUGGGCAGCUCCAUGUCCUUAGAAGAAAUGCAGCUUCUCAAAUGCGAGCCCAACUGCAAGGUCUGGUUCGAGGAUGGAAAAAGCUUCGCGACUUCCACUGAUAUUGCGCACAUGAAACGCGAAAUUGAGAAAAUUGAAGGACCAAGCGGGUUCACGCGUUAUAUUGAAUAUCUCAAAGAGUGCCAGCAGCAUUAUCAGCAGAGUGUGAUUCAUGUGUUGAAAAAGGACUUCCCAGGCUUUUCUUCGCUUCUACGGCCCGCAUUCUUGCCUUACUUAUUUCAAUUGCAUCCCUUUCACACUGUUUGGCAAAGGGUCUCCAGGUUUUUCAGAUCCCAUCAGCUCCGUCAAGUCUUGAGCCUUGGAAGCAUGUACCUUGGAAUGUCUCCUUUUGAGGUCCCGGGUACUUACACACUCCUCCAAUAUGCUGAGUUGGUCGGCGGGGUUUGGUAUCCUGUAGGUGGAUUCUAUCAAGUGGUUGAAAAAUUAGUUCAGGUUGGCACAAGGCUUGGUGUCACGUAUCAUCUUUCGCAGCCAGUGGAAACAGUGACUGUGUCUCGCGGGAAGGCUUCGGGUGUCUCUCUCGGGUUGAACAGAUUGGUUGAAGCCGAUGCUGUUGUCAUCAACGCUGAUUUGAUAUACGCCUUCAAAACGCUCCUCCCACCAGGUCCAUUAACCUCGGAUGUACUAAGUCGUGGCAAGAACAUGUCUUGCAGCAGUGUUUCCUUUUACUGGUCGCUUUCCAAGACCUUCCCCCAAUUGGAGACCCACAACAUGUUCGUCGAAGGUUCGUAUGGACAGCGAUCUACGCAUGUCUAUAUGAAGCGCCAAUCGCCGAUGAAAUCUUCUUUUUAUAUCCACGUUCCCUCGAGGAUAGACCCUACAGCUGCACCAGCAGGGAAGGAUGCGGUCAUUGUUCUCGUUUUAGUCGAGAAUUUAGGAGAUGCAGAUCCCUGUCACGAAGGGUUCGAUGAAUCAGACUUGGUGUCCUAUGCGCGUGAACAUGUGAUCUCUUCUAUUGAGAAGCGAACAGGGGCCGUUGGGUUCAACAAGCUUAUUGAAAAUGAGAGUGUGAACACACCAUCGACAUGGCAAGAAUCAUUCAACUCCGAGAAAGGCGGAAUAUUUGGCCUCGAUCACAGUUUUUUCAACAUUUUGUCUUUUCGACCCAAGAUUAAACAUGAUAGUGUUGCUGGUGUAUAUUUCGUUGGCGCCAGUACACAUCCUGGAGCUGGAGUUCCGACCUGCCUUGCGGGUGCAAGGCUCACAGCGGAGCGAGUCCUGAACGAUCUGGAGGUUUCUAUUCCCUGGGAAACUUCCACUUCCAAUCCUCAAAAAAGGCAUGAUUGCUCACAAUCCUUCACACUGGGUCUGUUCUCCCAGUUGCUAUGGAAGUGGGUCUUAUUCUUCAUAUCCGUUUCCAUGGUCAUCGGACUAGCUUUGGCGGAUAACCCCUAG